CGUCGUGCGCUACCGACUUCCUCGCCCAAUGACUGUAUAUUGAGACGACAUCUCCCCCAUCCUUCUAACCACGUAACCUAUCUAGUCUACCUGGCGACGCUGCGCUCUGCUGAAUCAUCUACAUCUGCACGAAUCAUUGAAACCUGAUUUACGUUAGUGAACAGCGCUCGAGCGACGCGCUUCUUUGCACCUACCAACAUGGCGCCUGCUGCGAGCAAGGAGAAGGAGAAAGAGAAGGAAAAGGAGCAGAGACCGCGCAAGAAACCAGGACGGGUACCAACGUCGUGCGCGGAAUGCCGGCGCUUGAAGCUCAAAUGCGACAAAGGGGUCCCUUGCCAGAAGUGCGUGAGCCGUGGCUGCGGCUCGAUCUGCCCGGACGGCCAGCUCGUCAGUGGGAAGGGCAACCGAUUCUUCCUCGCGAACACCGAAGAGCUCCACGACGAGAUCGACCAGCAGAAGACGCGCAUCCGCGAGCUCGAGCAAGCAUUGCGCGACGUGCAGAAUGGCGUGAUCGGCAACGCGCAGCCCAGGGAGAGCGAUCCCACCUACCCCCUCGCGUCCUCGUCCAACCCCUACCCCACACCGUCCGAUGCGGGGCCGUCGAAUGGGAGGCGGCAGUCACCGGACUCGAUGGAAGGGAUCCAUAUGCCAGAGAUUGUGCGUCCGGCGCAGGACGAGGAGAGCUUGCUGGAUGCGUUCGGGACGCUCACGCUGGAUGGGAAUGGGGCGGCGAGGUUCCUGGGGAACACGGCCAGACCAGAGUACCUAGCAAGGGUACAGAAGAAAUACCAGCCAUACCAGCCAGAUAGGCUAUUCCCCAUACUCUUUGGGCAGACGACCUAUGGGGCAUGCCUUUUUGAGUCCGGGAUGGACUGCCAGUCCAACUCAGAUGCUGCGAAGGAGAUCAUCCGUCUACUACCCAGUCUCUCAGAGGCGAUUCGUCUAGCGGAGCUAUACCUGUGCUACGGCGAAUGGCUCUUCCCCUCCAUGCGUCGCACUGACCUCUUCGACGACGUGAUCCAGGACGUAUUCCGAGCAGACCACGCCCAAGUCCCCGAAACCUGGUACCACAAGCUGGCCGUGCUUUUCUCCGUCUUCGCCAUCGGCUGCCUCUUCAACCCUACCCUCGAGCCCUUCUCGACAAAGGCGAACGACUACUUCCAUGCAUCACGGACCGCACUGUCGUUCCUGCCGCCGUACCGGUCGACUACGUUAGCAUCAAUUCAGGCGAUUUUACAUCUAGUCGAAUACAUGGAGUUGAGCGAUGCGGAUGCGGUGGGCCCACCGGAGGUAUGGAUAUACGAUGGAUUGGGGUUGAGGUUGUGUCAGUCAAUAGGACUUCAUCUGGACGCCACACGUUGGAAACUCGACCCAGCUCUAGCGAAGAAACGAGGCGAGCUUUUCUGGGCAGUGUAUACGCAUGAUACCUGGCUGAGCUUCUGGUUCGGUCGACCACCCAUGUUCGACGACCGCUUCAUCGACUGCCCUCUACCCGAUGGUGACCAAGUAAUGUUGGCCAGCGGUGACACGGAGAUGAGCUACAAAACCUGGACCUGGCACUACGCCCGACUCCUCCACCACGUCAUGACGACCGCCUUCAACGCCCGGCCUCCGCCCUACUCCACCAUCAUCGACCUCGACCGGCGGAUACGCGACUUCGCCGUCCCGGAAUAUCUGCGCCCAGUGUGCCCGAACAAUAUGCCGUGCACGGUGGAGACGUCGGCGGCGAUGCCGGCGCAUGAUAUGCGAAGGUGGUUCGUGCUGAUGCAGAAGGAGUCGACCCUUUUAAACCUACAUCGAGCAUACUUCGCCGUCGCGCUCGACGAGCGGCCGACGGAGCUCUCGAGCCAUCGAUAUGUACCGUCUGUAUUGGCGACGUAUCGUUCGGCGUGGCGAUUGGGCAAGUCCUUGCAGCUUGUGUGGGCCAAGUAUCCGGACAGCAUUUCGCGAGUCGGCCUGAUGUGGUCGCAGGGGCUUUCAGCAGCAAUCGUCAUGUGUCUAGUCGUCACUCGCGCACCGACAGCGAGUAUGGCGCCCUCGGCGCUCGACGAGCUCGGCCUGCUGGCAGACAUGUUCGAGGAAGCCGCGCCUAAGUCGCCUUGUGCGGCGAACCUCCUCGAAUCCAUUCGCGGCCUCAAAGAACGCGCGCUCGCGGUUAUCAACCAUACGGACGCGCAGGAGCAGGAGGCUUUCGCCUCCCGCGCCGAGCUCGACCGCAUCGGCGGAAAAACAGGGUUCGUGCGCGUCCAGGCCGAGGCGACGAGCGUCCGUACGGCGUCCUCGAGCACGCUGUCCAGCUUUAUUUUGCACACCCCCUCUGGCGACUCUACGGACCUCUAUCCCUCGUUCUUCCCCACCGGCUCCGCCUCGAGCAUCAGCGCGCUACUCGAUCCGCCGAGUGCGGCGGCGGCGGGUGGUCUCGGUACUGCACAACCGCAAGCGCAGGGCGAUCUGGACCAUUCGUCGUGCUUGGCGGAGAACCUGCAUCCGACGAUGAUGGACGAUUUGCGCAACUUUGAGGCGGCGCUGGGUGCAUUGGAGCAGGGGAUUGCCAUGGAGGGCGAGGCGGGGCAGAGCCAGGGCUUGGGAGGAGGCGCGACUCUUCUGCAUAACGUCUGCCCGUUGGGUGUCGGAAAUGGUGUGGGAGGCCCGUCUCUGCCGGGGGAAGUGAGCGGGGGCGGUGGUGUGUCCAACAACGCCGCGGGGACGAACGGUGCGAACUUUAUGGGCGCGAGUGCGUUCGAUGGGCUGCAGCCCACCAUGCCGUUCGGUGGAGGUGUUCCCGUGUUGGAUGCGACAUGGCAGAGCUUCGUGGAGCAGUUGGGAUUCUAGGAUAUGGAUAUAUAGUAAUUGUGCCGAGUCGUAUGCUCGGUCUGUUCGUUGUGCUUCUAAUUUAUGGUUCGGCCCACUGUCUGCUCUGAAUUCAUGUUGGUUGUGGCAAUGGCAUGUCACGAUGAUGCUUGGGGG